AUGUCGUUUCUUUUCACGAUUGCAUCUCAGGCUCCUAAUAAUGAUGAUUCAAAGUUUGAUCUUACUUUUGUACCGCCAAUUCUUUUUGGAGUUGGUAGUCUUGUCUGCGGGUUGUACCUUGGCCUGAGGAAUCCCAAAAUCUUUAUGUCUGAUGCCUCUAGAACGGCUAAGAUACAAGAAAAGAUCGCUGCCUCUAAAUCCAAAGAGUCUACAAAACAAAAAAAGAAACAAAAUUCUAAGAAAAAUUUUGUAAAUGGAUCAGUUGUUCGCUUAUCAGAUCAAGUUCCUUUAUUUACUGAAGUUCCUAAUCUAAAUAAUAAUGACCAUAACAAAGUUGAAGAUUUGUCUGCCCAAAAUAUUGAUAUAGAUACAAGUUUCAGCAUUAGGCAAACUAAGCUUCCCAUGGAGAAAUUGAAUUAUCGCAAAAUGAAAAGGGAAACAACUAUCCCUGCCAACGAAGACUUCACGAACCUUCAUGCAGACAUAAUAAUUUCUAACGAUUCUUCCUUCGAAAAUUCGAAUUAUCACCAGACAAGAAAAGACCCAAUUAUCCCUCUUAUCUCAGAGUGCACGGACUUUCAUGCGAACUUUAGUACAUCUAAUAACUCUGUUGGUAGUAGCUCAGAUUUCCCAAAUCAAAUUCUUCAAUUAUCUGAUCAAGAUCCAUCUCAAACUCAACUUCUGGAGCUGAUUGAUCAAGAUUCCUCUCGAGCUCAAGUCUCUGAAUCUAUUCAUGAGAAACUACCUCAGGGGCUCCUUAAAAAAUCUAAAUCCUCAAAGAAGUCCAAAAAAAAAUCCGAAUUGCUCCUUGAACUUGAUCCUUGGAUUUCCGUUAGCUCUAAAAAGGCAAAAGUUAAAGGCUCCGUGGAGCCAUCUGAUCGAAGUUCUGUUGACCAACAUAAACCCCAAGCUCUUUCGAUUACCUCAUCUUCUCAUCCUACCUUCACAAACGUCACUUCAGAGAUUAAGACUACUUCGUCUACAUCUGGCUCCUCUGUAGGUGUUUCUUCUUUAGACUCCUCGUUGAUUGAAAAACGUUGUGCCUCGUCACAUCAGCCACAGCCAAACCAUCUUCCAUCUCCCAUUUUGGCAUCUUCGGUCAGCAUCCAAAUAGAGCCUUCUCUGCACCUGCAGCCCUCGUCUACCCCUUCAACUCUGCAUCUUCAUCAAGCUCCCUCAUCGCUACCAGUUUCAGAAAGUAUGGCGUCGCCUGAGUUGAAAAAUAGCAGUCAUUUCGUGACAAAAGAUCAUCUUCAGGAUCUCCAAAACCUCCAGAAUCAGGUUAAUUUACAACUUUUUAUAUGA